AUGGCUUUUUCCUACAGUCUGAUGGUCAGAUUAUUUGGCAAUUCUGUUGAAAUGGCAAUUAUCAAAAUUUCAAAAGCUUUGUGCGCGACGAAGUCGUCUCUAAAAACAUAAAAUCGUGGGUCAUUAGGAACUGGUCAUUUUUAUGGUGGAGGAAUAGCACCGAAGAGAAGUUUUUCCUUGGUAAAUAUUUUACUGGUCCAAUCAUUAACCCCCUCCUUAAAUAUCCGUUAAAAAUAUAAAUACCUAUACCCCUAUCUAAAAACAUUAAUUAAAAAAGGCUACCAUUCAUUUGUCACACAUCCCAUGUCCUAACUACUUCUGUGACAUUGAGUUUGAUAACUGUUUGUACAAUUUUAAAGUUUCAUGCUGUCUGCACAUGUACUUUCUUUAGAGACACUAUUCGCAUCAAGAAAAAUCGGAAAAUGAUCAAGAUUGUGACCGUGAUUGAUUUACAUAUUGCACUGACAUAUGAUUGUUAAUUGACACUCAGUUAAGUCUUCAAUAUUUGAGCGAGUCAUGCAUUAGAAAUAACAAUGAAUUUUUAUUACCCAACCGUUGCAUGAGUUGUUUUAUUUACCCAACCGUUUUCUUUUCGUAGCCACUUCCCUCCGUAAAUAAUGACUGGUCCCUUAUAUAUUAUAGAGCUCGAGACUUCGACGUUUGCCAAGUUUUCAGCCAAUAUCGCGAUUGUCUGACAAAGAAUUAGUUAUCCAAAUCGUCGCAAAAUUGAAUAUUUACAACGAUAGAGUAUUUAAUUUGUUUCAGUGGCGCUUGUAGACAGGUAAACAUUGGUUUGCGAAUUGUCCGCCAGAAUUGCCAUGCGUUUGGCUGCCAAUAUGCGCGCACAUGCUAUUUUGGAUGCUGUAGAACGUUGUGCUGUUACGUCGCAACGCUAUUCAAAAUUGCAUGUUCGCGCAUACUGGCAGGCAAAUUUACAUAAUGAGGACAAGGUUCCUCACGCUGAGGACAAGGCUCCUCACGCUGAGUACAAGGUUCCUCACGCUGAGGACAAGGUUCCUCACGCUGAGGACAAGGUACCUCACACUGAGGACAAGGUUCCUCACGCUGAGGACAAAGUUCCCCAAGCUGAGGACAAAGUACCUCACACUGAGGACAAGGUACCUCACACUGAGGACAAGGCUCCUCACGCUGAGGACAAGGUUCCUCACAGUGAGGACAAGGUUCCUCACGCUGAGGACAAGGUUCCUCACGUGAGGACAAGGUUCCUCACGAGGACAAGGUACCUCACACUGAGGACAAGGUUCAGUGAGGACAAGUUCCCCAAGCUGAGGACAAAGUACCUCACACUGAGGACAAGGUACCUCACACUGAGGACAAGGCUCCUCACGCUGAGGACAAGGUUCCUCACAGUGAGGACAAGGUUCCUCACGCUGAGGACAAGGUUCCUCACAGUGAGGACAAGGUUCCUCACAGUGAGGACAAGGUUCCUCACGCUGAGGACAAGGUACCUCACACUGAGGACAAGGUUUCUCACGCUGAGGACAAGGUUCCUGACACUGAGGACAAGGUUCCUCACGCUGAGGACAAGGUUUCUCAAGCUGAGGACAAGGUACCUCACACUGAGAACAAGGUCCCUCAAACUGAGAACAAGGUUCGUCAAGCUGAGGACAAAGUACAUCACACUGUGGACAAGUUACCUCACACUGAGGACAACGUUCCUCACGCUGAGGACAAGGUUCCCCAAGCUGAGGAUAAGGUAGGUCACACUGAGGACAAGGUACCUCACACUUAGGACAAGGUACCUCACACUGAGGACACGGUUGCUCACGCUGAGGAAAAGGUUCCUCAAGCUGAGGACAAGGUACCUCACACUGAGGACAAGGUACCUCACACUAAGGACAAGGCUCAUCACGCUGACGACAAGGUUCCUCACGCUGAGGACAAGGUUCCUCACGCUGAGGACAAGGUUCGCCAAGCUGAGGACAAGGUAGGUCACACUGAGGACAAGGUACCUCACACUUAGGACAAGGUACCUCACACUGAGGACAAGGUUCCUCACGCUGAGGACAAGGUUCCUCACGCUGAGGACAAGGUUCUUCACGCUGAGGGCAAGGUUCCCCAAGCUGAGGACAAGGUAGGUCAAACUGAGGACAAGGUUCCCCACGCUGAGGACAGGGUUCCUACACGCUGAGAACAAGUUUCCUCACGCUGAGGACAAGGUACCUCACACUGAGGAUAAGAUUCAACACGCUGAGGAAAAGGUUCCUCAAGCUGAGGACAAGGUAUCUCACACUGAGGACAAGGUAGCUCACAAUGAGGACAAGGUUCCUCACGCUGAGGGCAAGGUUCCCCACGCUGAGGACAGGUUUCCUACACGCUGA